CAAUAGCGUUCCAAGCAGGGGCAGCAGGGGAGGGGAUGCGAGUCGCUGCAGUUUCAAGUUCAACUCCUCCUGCCACCACUUCACUCCUACCCUACCGCCACAAGCAGCCACCGCCGCCGCCGCUACCACAAGUCGGCACUGCCCGCAACCCCAAGAGCCUCUUAUCACGAUGCAAGACCAUCAAUCACGUCCGUCAGCUCCAUGCCGACAUCAUCAAGACCGGCCAUAUCCGCAACCCGUUUGUCGCCGGAAACCUCCUUGAGCUCCUCGCUAUCACUUUCCCCGAUGCCAUGGACGAAGCCGGCCUGGUUUUCAGCCAUCUCGAGUUCCCGGUGGCUGCCCACUACAACGUCAUGAUGAGAGGGUACACGGCCAAGGACUCCCCACGCGACGCCAUCGCCUUGUUCUUGCAGAUGCUCGAGGAUCCGGUGGAGCCCGACGCCCACUCUUUCUCCUGCGCCCUCAAGUCCUCUUCCAGAUUGUUUGCCGUUGACUUGGGCGAAGGGAUUCACGGUCUCGUCGUGAAGUUUGGCGUCGAUGGAUCCGCCUUCGUCCGCAACACCUUGAUUCAUGCGUAUGCGAGUUUUGGGUAUGUCGAUUCCGCGCGGAAAUUGUUUGACGAAAUGGCUGAGAGAAAUGUGGUUGCUUGGAAUUCCAUGUUUGCUGGAUAUGCGAAGAAUGGUGAUUGGGCGGAGGUUGUGAGGUUGUUUGGAGAGAUGCGUGUUUUGGACAUUCAGCCGGACGAGGUAACUCUGAUCUGUGUGCUCACGGCAUGUGGGCGAGUAGGGGAUUUAGGACUGGGUGAGUGGAUUCAUGGUCACAUAAAAGAGGUGGGAGUGAAGCCUAGUAGGAAUUUGGUGACUGCAUUGGUGGAUAUGUAUGGGAAAUGCGGGCAGCUCGAUACUGCACGACAAUUGUUCGAUGGAAUGCCUGAGAGAGAUGUUGUUGCUUGGAGCGCAAUGAUUUCUGCUUAUAAUCAAUGGAGCCGCUGCAGACAUGCUCUUGCAUUAUUUAACGAAAUGCAAAUUGCCAAGGUGCCACCCAAUGAAGUCACCAUGGUGAGCGUCCUUUCUUCUUGUGCCGUGCUGGGUGCCCUUGAAAAUGGAAAGUGGGUUCAUUUCUAUGUCGAGAAGAAUAAAUUGAGAAUGACUGUGAACCUUGGUACGGCGCUUAUCGAUUUCUAUGCUAAAUGCGGAUCAAUAGAUAAUGCGCUCAAAGUUUUUGAGAGAAUGCGGCAGAGGAAUGUCUUGUCGUGGAGUGUGAUUAUACAGGGUCUUGCUAAUAACGGACAGGGGAGGGAGGCUAUUGCCAUGUUCUCUCGGAUGCAGAAAGAGAAUGUGAAGCCUAAUGACGUUACGUUCAUAGGAGUUCUCUCUGCUUGUAGUCAUUCUGGGCUGGUAGACGAGGGAUGGAGGUACUUUGCUAGCAUGAGUAAAGAUUAUGGGAUUCGACCAAGAAUCGAGCACUACGGAUGCAUGGUUGAUAUGCUUGGUAGAGCUGGUAUGAUUGAAGAAGCACACUGCUUCAUCAAAAACAUGCCAAUUCCACCUAAUGCAAUUGUGUGGAGAACCCUGCUUGCUUCUUGUAAAGUUCAUGGCAACGUUGAAGUAGCUGAAGAUGCGUUAAGACAUAUAAUGAAGCUGGAACCUGAACACAGUGGGGAUUAUAUCCUUCUGUCAAGUAUAUAUGCUUCGGCAGGUAGGUGGGACGAUUCACUGAGGAUGAGAUCCGAGAUGAAGAAAAGAGGCAUAAAGAAGAUCCCAGGAUGUAGCUUGAUUGAGGUGGAUGGUGUGAUUCAUGAAUUCUUUGCUGAGGAUAUCAUGCACCCCCAAUCCAAGGAAAUCUAUGUUGCAGUUGAGGACAUGAUGCAGAAGCUGAAGGCUUCUGGCUAUGUACCGAACACAGCAGAAGCCAGAUUAGAUGCAGAUGAAGAGGAUAAAGAAAUAUCUGUGUCUCAUCAUAGCGAGAAAUUAGCAAUUGUCUUCGGCCUUAUUCAUACUUUACCUGGAACCACAAUCCGCAUAUCUAAGAACCUCCGAGUUUGUAAUGAUUGCCAUUCUGCAACGAAAAUGAUCUCGAAGGUUUUUAAUAGGGAAAUUGUUGUUAGGGACCGCAAUCGUUUCCACCAUUUCAGAAACGGCUCUUGUUCUUGUAAUGACUACUGGUAAGCAUCAACCUUCGCCAACUCAUGUGGUUCCGGCAUCAACUGGUGUCUCCUGGCGUUGUCAAAACAUUAAUCCUAUAAGUUAUACAUGUAAUUCUUUGAAAAAUUAAGUUGUAUAUCUGUUAUUUUUCCUAGUCCCUUCUUGACCA